AUGGUCAAACAGAAUAUCCCACCACAACCACAAGCAAGAGCAGCUCCAGUUUCUGCUCCUCAACAGAUUGCUCAACAAGGUGUCACUACUGUGCAAACACGUCCAACUGAUAUCAACAUCCCUCAUUCAAUAGAUAAAAUUGUACCAGAAGUUUCAUUAUAUAGGAAAUUAUUAGAUGCUGAAAAGAAAAUUGAUAUCUUUACUGCAAGAAAAAUCAAUGAUUUACAAGAAAAUAUAAAUAAAAUCCCAACAAAGAAGGAAAUCUUAAGAAUAUUUAUUUUCAAUACAGCUGAAAAUCAACCAUGGCAAUUAAAUCAAGGUCAACAAUCAAAUGAAGAACCAACUUGGAAUUUAAGAAUCGAAGGUAGAUUAGUUAAUGAUGUUGAUGCUGAAGAUCCUCAAAGAAGAAAAUUUAGUACGUUUUUAAAUGGUAUAUCGAUUGAUAUUCAAAAUGAUAAAUCACCACAAUCUCAACAACAACAACCAAAUCAACAAGAUCUUAAUAAAGAAAAUGUCAUUGAAUGGCAUGAACAAACAGAUCCAAAUGCUCCAAAAGUUGAAUUUGAUGGAUUAGAUGUUAAAAGACCUGGUAGUCAAAACAUUAAAACCAAGAUUACAAUUCAACCAAAAGAAUCACCAAUUAAAUUAAUCACAUCAAAUGAAUUAUCUUCACUUUUAGGUGUUAAUGAAUUAACUCAACAUGAUGCUGUAUAUUCAAUAUGGCAAUAUAUUCAAUUCAAUAAUUUACAAGCACCAGAAGAUAAAAGAAUUAUAAAUUGUGAUGAAAAUUUAUCAAAAUUAUUUAAUGUACCAAGAUUUAAUUUUAGAGAUUUAAUUGAAUUAUUAUCAAAACAUUUAUCACCAAAACCUCCAAUUGAAAUUAAUUAUGAAAUUAAAGUUGAUAAAUCUUCAACUUUAGGUGAAACGGUUAUUGAUGUUGAAGUACCAUUUAUUGAUGUUUCAGAACAAGAAUAUUGGAAAAAUGAAUCUAAAAAAUUAUUAACAGAAAAUGAUGAAUCUAUAAAAGAAUUAAAUAUGAAAAUUAUUCUGGGUAUUCAAGCUUUAAAUAAUUCAAAUAGAAAAUAUCAAUUUUAUAAUUUAUUAACCCAAGAUCCUGUUCAAUUUUUAAAAGAUUUUACACAAUCUCAUUCUGAAUUAUUAAAAAUUUUAUCUGGUGAUGAAGGUUAUAAUGAAGAUACUGUUAGAAGAUCAGAAUUUUAUACAGAUGAAUUACUUUCUGAAAAUGUUGAUUUAUUAUUGAAAACUAAUAGAAUUUAG